AUGAUCUGGAUUGGGCGUUUAUAUAAUGUGCAUGUUGUGUCACUUGAAUAUGCCACCGCUGGCCGGCAUGUAUUAGAAGCUGGAAACAUGGCGGAGAGAGACGGGAGUGAAACCGCAACAAAACGGCCAUCGUCUCUCUGUUUUUGUUCUGCUAAAAAAACAGUACAUGUUCACUGUACCUGCACUUCCUGCAAUGGAAAACCUGUGAAUUACCGGACUCAAUUAUCCCACUUAGAAUUUGAGAGAAAGUUUGAAGCUGCCAAUGCAGUCAAUUUGCCAGGUAAGUUAUCUAUAAAUAAAGUCUUAAUAUAUCGUGCUUUGAAAAGUUUAUUGCAAACCACCCAAAAGACCAGUCUUUAUUAUUAUUAUUAUUAUUAUUAUUAUUAUUAUUAUUAAUGUUAGUCCUUUGAAUAUUACACUUUACAAAUGCUCGUCUCAGUUAAAUAUUACAACACUUUACAAAAUCAAUAAUCAAUAGAAAACAAAAGUUACAGGGGAAAGGGCGGGAAAAAAACAAAAUAUUUUAAAUGUUACACUUUGCAAAAUCAAAAAGUCAAUAGAAAGACAAAAGUAAAAUGGGAGACGAGAUGGGGAGAGGGAUGGGAACAAAAAUUAUAAAUAAAUAAGCGUAACUUAAUAAACAAUUAACUGAGCUAGCUUAAUCUCAUAUUUCUCUAUUUCGUCAAGCAUAUUUCUAAGCUUAUAAUGCUUAAGUGAAUUCAUCUGCAUUAUUUCUGUGCCCAUUGCAAGUUAAAAACCUUAUUUUUUUAAUGCGAGUAAGCUAGUGUAUUUCUUUGGCUUCUUUUUGGUAGCUAUAGAUCCAUCCAUUGGAAUAUUUGCCACUGAUGAAGAAUUAGAAGAUGAAGAUGUGACUGACAGUUCCGAAUAUAUUGAAUCUCCUGAAAUCCAUUCGGCUGUGUCUCCAAGUUGCUCUGCAAAUGAAAAUAUCAGUGAUGAAUGCAAUGAUUUUGAGGAAAGCAAUGUAACAGUUGCCAGCACUGAAGAACAGAACUUAAAGUAUGCGAUUGUGAAGAGCAUUUUUGAAACCAUUGAACUGAGCACAAAAACAAGUGCUUCUUUAGCCACAAUUGUAGACCUGCUAUGCUUUGCACGCCGUAUGUAUUGCAGAGGGAAAGGUAUUGAUGAAAACGAUCACCCAAUGAAAUGUUCCUGGCCCAAGGACUGGGAAGAAGCCAAAAAAUAUCUCAAGGAUGUAGGCUAUGAGGACGCUCAUGAAUACUUCAUUUGUUUGAAUGCGACACAUAAGCAGCACUGGGACAUCAUGCAGUCUGCAUCUGAAAAGUGUCGUUUCUGUGGAGAAGUAGGAACUAUUUAACAAUUAUUCCACGAGGGCACGUUGGAUAUGAGAUGAUAGAUAGCCAACGAGGCGCAUAGCGCCGAGUUGGCUAUAAUCAUUUCAUAUCCAACAAGCCCGAGUGGAAUAAUUGUUUUAUUAACAACGCCCACAAAAUCUCGUUGAUUCGCCCCGACUCGAGCAAACCGGAAAAGACAAGGGACUUCCGCUAUUCACAUGUCACACGUCUAUCAAAACUGUCAACGCGCGAACGGACUCGCCAAGACUGCAUGAAUGAAAAAUCAAAACAUUGUAGCGAUGAACAUUAGUUUUUUAAAAACUCAUCGUGAUUCUAGGAUUUUACACAGCAAAACAGCUUAAAAAACCUGGCAGAUAAUGUGAAGGAAAGGAAUUUUUAAGUGACAGCCGUCGAAAUUACUAUGACUUUGGAUUUUCGGUGCAGUUAUAAAAGUAAGAACAACGGAGAAAAACUACCGGUAUUACCUCGGUCGCUUGUUAUGAAGUUGUUUGAAGCCACAAGCUGGUUUUGCUGAACGAGAAAAGAAGCUAUACUGCCGCCUCGAUUGCUCUAGUGAAUGGCUGCAUAGCCUGUAUUUGUAGCUGGUUACUUGUGAUUUAUAUUCUUGAUGUCGGAUAAACAAGCUGCAGUUAUCUAUCGGCGAGUGACUCGAUCGGCGAAUGGCUUCGCGACCAUGAAGAAACAACACUUGUCUUCUUUCGUAGCUGGUCAAGGUACUUUAGUUCCAUGUGUUUUCAUGUGUUUUUCCACAAACUUUCAAACAAGCUCUUGCGGCUUUUUUGUUUGUUUUUGUCUUUUUUCUUUCGUUGAAAUUGCAUUUCUAGUAUUCUAAGAAAUGAAUUAAAACGAUUUGCUUCGGGCGCCGUGCUAUCCUUCGCGAAAAAAAUCUCAGCUAGCUUCCAAUUUUAAACUGACGCGUACACCGACCAUAUAUGGAGAACAUGGUAUAUUAGCUCAUAUACCAUAACGGCUAAGCCAAUCAAAAUGCUAGAAUUGCAUUAUCCAAUGAUUCAGUUUUUAAUAAUAAGUAUUAUUACCUUGGAUUGCACAGCAAAGUUAAGCAGUGGACAGAGGACCCAGACAUGUGUUCAAAGAUGACAGCUCACUGGUCAGAGAAGGAACACUGGAUAAAUGGAAAUGAUGAUGGCUGGAAGAUCAAGAAGGAGGUCUGGGGUGGAUCUAGAUUUGCAGAACUGGCUUGGUUCUGGGACCCUGAUAAAAGUUGGUGUUUGCCUGCAAGAUGUGUCAGAGAGGGCUGCAAGAAUGUUUUGAGUGCUGAUGAAGUAUUGCAAGCCACUGCUCGGCCCAAUGGAAAUAGAGAACUCUACUGUGAAUGUUGCUGUACCAAAUUUCUUCAUCAACCUGUGUUUGUCAAAGGUGACCCAAGGAACAUUGCAUACAUAGGUAACUUAAAGGUAGUUUAUGAUAAGCAUGAUAUCAAAUAAUUAUUAUUUGAUUAAAAUAGUGCUACUUUAAUUGUAUCGUUCUUCCCCUGCAACAAAAUAGUGAGUCACAUCGUUUUUUCAACAUCCAUCUUUGUCAGUACAUAAGACAACAACACUGUUACUCUACUUCUUCCAUUGCAAUAAAACUGUAAUUUAUUGUAGACUGAUGCAAGACUUCCCAUUGCAUUUUCUUCAACACUGUUUAUCCUUUUUGCUCCUUUAUGUUGUACUUCAACUAAAACUAUUCAUUUGUCAUUUAUUCAUUGUACACUGUAUGCUUUUCGGGUCACUGGGAUGGCUUUCAGCCAUUUGGAAGGAAAUCACGUGGUACUGGUAAGGUUAAAUCUAUUGGAUCUAUUCAAAUCUUACAGUUAGUCAGUAUCAAUGGUUGAGGAUACUCCGUAAUUGAAAAGUAUUGCAUGUGCUGCAUACAAUAAUUAUUUUGUAACAAAGUGAAUAUUUUCUGAGCACCCAAGACACUGCAUACAAAUAUGAGCAAACAUUUGCAAUUCUUCCCUGACUAACAAUGCAACCUGUUUACUUACUUACAAUUAUGAUAGGUGCAAUAGAUGUCUCAGUGGCAACAAUGGCAAAGGAACAACGCUUACAGACAGGUGAAGUCUACACAGUUGGAUUUGUGCCAUCUUAUGACCUGGCUGAUGCACGGCCAAACUCCAUUGACCCAUUUCUUGAACCACUUGUCAGUGAUAUUGAAAAUGGAUUUAUUGAAGGUAAACUAAUAAAUUUAGGUGUGGACAUAAGCUAUUUGUCACUGUGUGAAUGAGUCAACAAAAGACAUUUUUAAUUAUAAUUACUAUGACAAGGACACUUGUAGCUUUAUACCAUAUUGUUAUUUUAGGGCACUUUCCAUUUGUCAGAACUGACCAGUCUGGCUGGUCAGUUUAUAAACAAAACAUACCAAUUUGAAAGAUGUGUUUUAUCCUGGUUCCUUCCAUUUCUUCAAAAUAGAGCAUAUAAUUUUGAGAGUUACAGUUUUGGAGCACUGUCCAUACAAAAUGACGCAUUUAAUUUACAGACUGGACUGUCUGGCUUACCGGUUGUGGCAAAUGGAAGGCGCUCUCAGUCUCCUGGAAUGCUAUUGCUGGCACACCAAAAAGAAGACAGUGUUCACCAGUUUGAGUCCUAACACGUGUAGGGGUCAAUGACAUCAUGCAACAAUGUGAGCCAAGCUGUUGAGUGACAUGUAUUUAUAACUUUUAGACCCCACCCUAGCACUUCUGACUAAAAAUGUCAUUUCAUUAUAUGUUUUUAGGAUACCAAGUCAAUUAUGCAGGAUCACUUCCAAAUUUUCCUCCUGCCAAUAUCACAAUUCGGCACAUUAUACUGCUUUGGACAGGAGACCAUCCUGCUCAGUGUGAGGUGUGGAAGACAAAGGGUGCUGGAGGAAGAAAAGGCUGCCGAAGAUGUCAUAUAUGUGGUAAGUGAUGGAAGUUUUGGGCAGUGCAAAUGCCGAUGCCCAUUUCUUUUCAGUCUACUUGACAGUAUGUACUAGGUAAUGUAUUGUCUCAAUUCCAAAGGGUAAUGAAAGCACAUGUUUGCUAACUUGAAUAAUACAUUAUUUCUUGGUUACUCCAUUAUAUAUAGGCACAUGGCUGAGUGAACACAACCACAACUACUACCCAAACUUCAGGAAGCAAUACAGAUACCCUUAUCAAAAGAGGUUGCUUGAGGAAGAAUUGCCAAUGAUGAAGGCAUUAGAAGAGGAAGAAAGACCUACCUAUUUCCAAAGAAUAAGCAAGGAAAAUGGUCUGCUGGGGUUAUCAGUGCUUCAUAGGCUUUAUCCUCUUUAUGGAUUUGAUGUUCUCAGGGACUCAGUCUUUGAUGCUAUGCACCUGUUACCUCUCAAUGUGGUCAAGAAUAACAUUGAGCGAUGGAUUUCUAAAGACUAUUUUGCCAAAAAAGACCUUGACACCAACUUGGCAAAAAUGCCAUGGACCACAGGUACAGUACAUGUAAAUGAAAUCAUUCAAAACAUAAAUAAGUAUUCAGAUUGUUGACUUUUUACUGAAGUCAAGUCUAAAGCAAAACCUUUCUGUGCUGAUUUUAAUAAGCUGCUGUUGUUGUUUUCCAUAACUUUACAGACCAAAGAGAUCAUGUGCUAGAUUACAAUAUUCAGUAACAGCUAAAUUGCCAGAAUUUUCUUCCACGGUCAGUUUAGUCAGUUCUCGUUUUUUUUUUUUUUAUGUUUACUUCUUGAAACAAAGUCAUAAUUUUUCAGAAACCUUAUGCAUAAAUGAUGAUUAAAUUAAAAUAUAUUUCACUCAUAUGAGCUUGAAAUGUAUAAUUCCUUUACAACUACUUCAAUUGCUACAGCAAUCAGACUUAGGUAACAGUAUGAUUCACUUAACACAAUAAUAUUAUUUUAUAGAUUAUCGUGCAUCCCGCCUUCCUUUGGAUACUGAUUCAAUGGGUUACUGGACAUGUAAGCUCAUUUAUUGGAUUUCUAUUAUAUUGUCAGUCUGGAGAGGGUAAAUUAGAAUAUAUAAAAAAUUAAUGUAGACUUCAGAGAACUCAACUAUAAUGUUCGAAGGGUCAACAGCUGUUUUGCCAUGUAUCUACAGUUGUACACUGUUUGCAGAAUAUUUUUCUUUCACAGUGUGAACUUUUAUAAAGGGAUAUAUUUCUUGAAAUUAUGGAAAUUUUGCACGACCAUAAGCCAGCUGCAAAAAGCAUGUUUACUGCUUUACAGACUUAAAAAUAGCCAUGACACUCAAUCAUAACUAACUUAAGGGUCCUUACACUGUGAAUAAGUCAUCCUCUUGAUAAUGUUUACACUAUUAUAUAACCUAACAGCAACCUGUUCCUGGUUUUCUCUUGAAGCGGAAGAAUACCAGAAACUGGCUUUUCCAGCAUCAGAGUUUGUCUUGAAUGGAUUGCUCCCUGAGGAAGAAUUGAAACUGUGGGCACCUGUUCCAAGAAUGGUUGAGUUUGUCUUCAAUUCAGGUAGAAAUGGCUGGAGUGAAGAAAUGCUUGACAACUUUAGAUGCCUUGCUUGGAGGUAUUGCAUUUUAUGUGAAGAGCAAUACGGAGCUAAUGCAUGUGUAAUAAAUCUACAUAACUUGACACUUGCCUGAAGACAUUCAGAGAUUUUCAGCACCAGAUAAUUUCUGGUGUUUUGAAUUUGAAAGGGCUGUGAAGAGGUAUGUGCAGCAAAGUAGCAAUAAAAAGCACAUUGAAAAAUCCUUUGCCCGCAGAGAAAGUCAAAGAGAAUUCCUAAACUUUCAGCAAGACCUUAAGCUGAUCUCAUCUGAAAGGUGCAGAUUUACUUGGGCUAAAGACAAGGAGAAGGUAAUUGUAAUAGACCAAAAUUAUGAUAAUAGAACCAAUGCAAAUACGGCCACUAGAUUUAGUUUACAUGAAAUUUAUCCUGACUAUAUGACCUUGCUUGAGGUUGAUAGGACCAAUUUGAAUAUAAACAAAGGAUAUUAAUAAAACUAGUGGCCACUUUUGCAUUGGGUAAAUUACGUAGCAGAUUACUUUUAUGUUCAAGUUAUAUUGAAGCACUCACUAAUUAAAUGGUGGCACACUGACAGUCACCCAAGUAUGAAUGCUUAUGCACAGACAAUUGAGGAGAACGAUUAUAUUAUUUUUCAUCACUGGGCAUUAGAGAAGUUAACAGUUCUUUGCUGUGAAACAUUGUAAGGAUUGGUUGUUUCUAAAUGCCUUUUGUUUUAUCUUUGUUGUGAAUAAGGUUUUCGUGGCUCAGUUCUAUCUUUGUAUAAAAUUUUUUGGUAUGAUUUGCGUGUAUAUGUAUUUUAGUUGUAGGUUAAAAUAAAUCCAGAGGUUAAAAUGAUUUUUCAAACUAGGGUGAUUUGUCUUUUCCUUUGUUUAAGGAUUUUGUAUUUACAUCUGGAACAAAGGAAAAAUAUACAAAUCAACCUUAAGUUUGACAUCAGUUUAACCUGGGAUUCAUUUUAAACUAAAACAUAUACAAAGGAAUUAAUUAAAGGAUAUUAAACCUGAAGUAUAAAAUAAAACCACAUAUUACACCUAAUAUCCAUUUCAAUUUGUUUGUAGUAAUUCAUGCCGACUUGGAAUAACUGUCUUACUUGCCAAAAUAGAAUAAUUUUAUUACUUGUUAUUUUGUAAGUGGACUAUCUCCAGAAUGCUUGCACGUACAUGUAUAAUAAAAACAAGUGACACAGCAGUUGCAGUUUUUCUUCAGAAUGCAGUGCAGAGUAGCUUUACAGUAGUUAGAUGUAAUUCCCUUUUUGAUUGUGCUCAUUGAUUUAGGUAACUGCAUCAUCUUUGGAAGGAGCCAAGUACCUCAUAAAAAUUUGUUCUGGUGGCCCACUAGCUGACAAAGUGAAUCAGGGAGUCUUGAUUGUUGCUGGCCAUUUCCACAUGAUGUCUCGUCAAGAGAGGCAAAUGAUUCUAGAAUAUUUACAGCAUGUCACAGCAGAUGAUGUGGAUGAAGCUGUUGAGUCCUUCCGCAGUGCAUUUCUACCCAUGCAUUGCAAACCAAUGGGUGGAAAGCUUUACAGAAAAGGCGAUUUUGUUGCUGGAGUCCAAGCAGGGGCUGAAAUUUUUUUCAAGAUAGAGAACUUCUUCCUGGUUAAAGUUAACAAUGACUAUCAAUCACUAGUUUUUGGUGACACUUUUCAAUUGAUUACUAAUCCUGGUGGUGCUGUUUCAAGGCAUCCUAUUAGUGAUACUGUUUAUAUUCAACCUGCACACUCUUGUGUCUGUGUAGGUCUAAAUGAUCUCAGACGAGAGAUCAUGUUGUUUCCGGAGACAGGUAACAAGUAUGCAGUGGUAGAUCCCUUCCGGAGAACUGUGAACCUCCCCAAGGUGAUUGUACCUGUUUACCCUCAAGUUGGUGAUUUUGUGUCUGUGAUUGGUGAUGAUGAGGAUGACCCAUGGAGGGCACUAAUAAGAGAAGUGAAUUACCAUAGAUCAACGGUGGGAGGUUAUUUCUAUGUAAAUCAUCCCAAUUUUGAUGCUAACCACCUCUGGGUAAGAGAGAGGCCACAAAGGAAGGAGACUAUUCAUUUCAACAGUCUUUUGUCCAUUGUGAAUGGUGAAUGGGUGGGUAAUGCGUGGAGAGACACUUGA